CAAGCCCGCUCAAGCUGCGCAAACGUUGAUUUUCGAAACACUUGAGGCAGCGAGUCUCAGUCUGAGUCGUGGAUUCUCAUGUUUCGGCGGAAACAGCAAAGAAAGAAAGCGAAGGCCCUCGACCUGGCGAGAGACUUGAGAAAAGAUCGAUGGAAGACAUCAAAGAAGAAUCAACAACAGACCCAACAAAGAAGACGACCUAGCUAGCUAGUGCCCAAGCAAAGAUGCCUCCUUCGCAGUCCUCAACCGCUUGCUCGAUUUGCUGCGAAGAAAACAAGCCCAAUCUGGUUGCUCUGACAAAAUGUAGCCACGUGUCGUGUAGCGAUUGUUUGGUCCAGUGGGUGACGAGGGUAGAGUCGACGGGUCAGCUGAGUCUUCCGGGAUGUCCCUUUUGUCGACUGCCAUUGUCCGAAGAAGAAACCCACAUCAUUCUGGGGCGGCCCUUCUGUCCCGCCACGGCCGCCGCUGCACCCGGGUCUGUGGGACAAGAAGAAGAAAUGGACGACUUGACGCGUCAAUUGCUGGAACAGCUCCAUGUGAAACCAUGUCCUCGCUGCGGAGCUUGGAUUGAGAAGCUCCCCGGUGGUUGCGACAUGAUGGAAUGUCUAUGUGGCUAUAGGUUUUGUAUUGGCUGUGGUUGUCCGGAUGCAAGGUGUGGCUGUACGCCUGACACACACUCCUUUUGGGAUAAUGUUCUGGACCGAAAUGCGGGGAGGACUCAAGCCCAGGAAGCCUCACGUGACGAGGAGACUGGACAAAUUAAUCUGGCCAAGCACAUUGAGCUGCGCAAGAAAAAGGACAAGGAAGAUCAGGUCAGACGACAAAGAGCCGACAAGCGUCAACGACAAGCCUACGAAAUUCGCACGGCGGAUCCACUGGUCUAUUACAGUGCCAAGUGGUUGUUUGGCACCAAGACACGUGACGCAACCACUCGGAUGCUCCAGCAGUUGCUGGCCAAGCCCAGGAUACAAAUGGAACGACAAACCAAACAACGACAACAAGCUAGAGAUUUGCGGGACGUUGACGAAUUAGUUUCCACGGCACGAUGGCUAUUUUUGCCAAGCACAAAGGGAGCCUUUUUGGUACUAGAACAGCUCAAGCGACGAUCCACCUACUACACAAGGUCGCGCCGUAAAAUCAUGCGACAAUCGGAACAGCAAACCAUUGAUGCGCUCACAUACAGCGCCAAAUGGCUCUUCUUACCGCCUACUGCGGCUUUCCGCAUGCUCGCACAGCAGCGACAAGCCGAACGAACACGACAAGAACGAGACCGAAAAGCACGCAAUACAGGAAACUUUAUCCAGAUCAAAGACGGAGAAUUACCAGAAGGUAUUAUUGCCAGUGGAAGUUGGUUGUACAAAAAGAAGACAAGCGCAGCCACUGCGGAACACAUGAAGCGACUCUUUAUGCAUCAAACCAAAGCGGCGAGAGCCAGGUUCAAUCGACGUUUUAGCAGCUUUGGAGGAGGACUCUGUGACAACCCAGGUUGUACCGAGUGCUGCUGGGAUGGUCGUAUGAUUUCCUGCAAGGGAAGCGGAUCGAGUGGUGGUGAAAAGGAGAAUGCAAUGGUCCUUCGGUUGAUGUUCUUGAGCACCGAGGAAGAUUUAACGGAAGAAAAGCAAUCGAUUGCCAAGUAUGGAUUGUAGGAGAUGAAACGAAAGAAUGAUGACAAGUGGUGCGAUGACUCUAUGCGUAGGAAAUUGGGUGCGCUGAUGACAUUAGCCGGCAUCCUAAAGUACAUGCUUAGCUUAUUACAUUAUUUUC